AUGCUGCUUAAGUUAGACAACACGGAGGAGAGGGAGGGAGGAGGAAAUCAGGUAGGCGUACAGGGCACAGAUAGGAAAUGUAACGCGGCAGUGACACAAGCGGAUGAAGGAGUGCGAUUAUGA